CCUCGUUUAUCCAUGUCUUGUGAUUACUCCUGCCAUCUUCCCGUGAUGGCUAAUGCAAAUAUCGGUACUCACUGACGUGGAAUUGUCAAAAACAGCCGACAGACAAGCAUGGAAGGAGUCUUCAAGCCUUCCACCACCAUAGCGUGGGCCAGGUUCUUGGGAGUCUUCGCGCCAUCCCUCUACUGCGGUAUCACGGCCCAGCGUAGGUCGAGGUGAAGAGAGCAAUGCAGAGCUAACGUGUCUCUGCUAACCAGGGUUCACGGCAUCAGAUAGUUUGACGUUUGUCCAGCCCAUCAUUUCACACGCUCCCAAUGAAAAGACCAUGGCGGCGCAGUGGUAUCGCGGUUACCAAUACGGUCCAUCCUGGGUGCCUCCCCUGAUCGCUACAGGCACGCUGAGCAACCUCUGCCUUGCCUACGCCGCCACCAGCUCUGCGCAGCGUGAUCUGUACAUCGCCGCCGGGCUGGCCAUCUUCAGCGUUCUCCCCAUCACUUUCUUCUACAUGGAGCCUGGCAUCAAUGGGGCAACGAAAUGGAAGGUGCAGAGCUUGUUGAGAGAGGACGGAUUUCACCUGCCAGACACGAGCAUUUGGAUGCCGAGUUCGAGGAAGCACGGGAGUACCGCGGCGUCGCGAAGAUGGGGGGAGGAAUGGAGUAUGAAAGAGCUGAUUGUGUUUUGGCGGAAGGUGAACAACGUUCGCUGGGUGAUAGGUGGAGUGGCAGCGGGAUUGAGUGGAUGGGCGACACUUGCCAUGCUACCCUAGACUUGUAUCUUGCACCUGGUGGAUGAAAUGAGAGAGCUGGGGAAACGCCGCUCGUAUUCACCCAGCCCUACGCUCGGGCCACCGUCCAAGGCAGAACGGAAAUGGGCCGCGGCUGGGCAAAGCGCGGCCCCUCAUUCACUUAUUAGCCCACGUCUAGCCGUUGCGUACUCGAGCUCUCCAGACU